UAUAUAACAAAUAAUUUGAGCAUGUCUGAACUAGACAGACUUGUGUCUCAGAAGACCCAACUUCCCGGGCUCUGGCAGCAUGUCCUCGGUGACACCAUGGGUUUUACUCUCAAGGCUCUCAGCUCAGCUUUCUCUCGCUACCUCAUGACACCUGACAUCGCUGCUAUCUCAGAGAUAGAAAGGCUACAAGUCGCUCUGCAAGUGUGCUCAUUCUACAACGAUCUCAACAACGAAGAGAUAGCCCAGAAUAUCAUGGCUCUUCUCAUUGAAAACUCUUCAAAACAUCAUGAAUGUAUGGAAUUCCUCUCGUUUCUCUCCUCAGUAGCCGCUUCCUCCAAGUGCAGACUUUACCUGCAGACUUUUGCUCUACACGCUGCUAAGUCCGCUGUUACUAAUACUGUUUGCAAGCGGAUCCUUUCUGACAACUGUCUUAACUCCACCUGCUACUCAGAAUUAUACCCCAUCGCUAAAAUAGCCCCUCAGUUUGCACUCCUCCUCCUCAGAUACGCUCUCUCUGGUCUUGUCAAGUCUCUUUCCCAGCAGGAAGAGAUAAGCUUGACGGUGCUGGAGCUAGCUCUAAACAUGGUGGAACAGAACAGUAUGUUCUUAUCCAACUCUGAUGUCUUACAUUCCACACUGUUUUGCGUCAUAGUCGCUCCUUUGAUCGACAGGAAGAAAUCAAAGUUGUCCAGAAAACGGGAGAAGGAGAAGAAGGAUAUCGCUAAUUUUAAUAAGCUGGAGGACAAACUGUUUAAAGCGAUGUUCUUGAAGUUAUCCACUAAUGAGCCUCAAGUUGAUUGGAAAGCAAUUCAAAAGAUAACAGACUUCAUCAACUCAAACUGUAAUACAAUAGGCAGUUCUAAGAAUUUAAAGUUACAGAAAAGUAAAGACAAGAUUAACCAGAUAAUUCUACUUAUGUCACACGACAGAGCGCCUUCAUCUGAUACAGAUAUGCUAGUCAAGCUAAUCCAGAGGAAUGAAUUCGGCGAGUUCAUGCUGCAGUCCCUACGGGCAGGAACAUGACGGAUUGUCUGUGUCACUGGAAAUCUAAGUCGUACAGAAUUAAAGUUACAAUAUCCAGCACUUGAUCGAGAUGAGAGGAAAUUUUCAGUGAUAACUGUGCUCAAUUAAAUGUGCUAAGUUAACACUGCACUGCUAACUGUUGAAACUCGUCCCGUGCCGGGCUUUGUGUGGUUUUAUUAAGUUAUCAGACCAGUAUGUUUAGGUUUUAAUGAAGAAAACUCUUUAAAAUUUAUUUUAAAAGUUAUGCUUUAAUAUUUCUAUUUUAUUUAUUAUAAUUUUGAUUUUACAGA